UGAAAUGGUAAAGGAAGGCGGUGGAUUUACAUUCAAUCCACGCGAGGCUGUGAUUAAAGGCAAACUACCCCAGCUCAUCAAUCAAGUGUUCAAGAACAAAACACAAGUCUUGCUUCGUAUCCAGAAGAACAAUGGUCUUCAACCAUUUACACAUUCGAAACAUAAUCUCGCCGUCUUAAUGCAUGAGCAUAGAGGAUAUACGCAGCCUCGAAAUCAUAACCUGGACGAUUACCUUUUUCUUGGAGUUUUACCUAAUAUUAUUGCAAAACAAAAGCCUCAAGAUCACAGUAAAAAAGGUGUUCAAGGUUUCAGAAAUGGAAAUCAGUUCGCAUCAUGGAAACAGUUUGAUUUAUUAAUCACAGGGCAUCGCUGUAGACUGGCGUAAUUCUGAUGCUCCUUCGUAUGGACAUCGUCAGCUGCCGAAUAACUUCAUUUUCUUGACCGAAUUGCAUUUUGGAGGAUGUGGAACGUACACAUCAAGUGACCGCUGGAAAGAUGCAUAUGGCUCAGCUAUUGGUUUAUGUUGACCGACAUUUUACUUACCCUUAAAAUCAUUUAUUUUCCUUUCAAAAGUAAAAGCAAAUUUCUUUUGUACUUAAUUUAGUUUGUCAAUAAAGGAGCUAAUUCAGUCUUGCAAA